GAAUGUCAGUCUCAACCUCAGAAACAAAGAGUUUCUGUUCAAUGAGGUAAUUUUUGAACGAGAAGAUUAGCAAUGGCAACGGCAUCAGCUUCACGUUUUGUUACAAAGAGCUCUAAUGUGUAUUUUAGAGGAGGAAAUGUAUCAGAGCGUAAAGUGAUAUUGGCGGCACAAAAUGGCCUAACGAACAAUACGAGUAGUCAUGUUGGGUUAAGGUUGGAGAAGUUGGCGAUGCUAAAGUUGAAAGCCAAUGCAAAGGCUUUUAGAAGACAAUUGAGAAAGCCAGUUGGAGUUAUUAAAUGUGGAAUUGGGAUGAAUUUAGUUUUUAUCGGAACUGAGGUUGGUCCAUGGAGCAAAACCGGCGGACUUGGUGAUGUUUUGGGUGGUCUCCCACCGGCGAUGGCAGCCAAUGGGCACCGUGUCAUGACAAUCUCACCACGCUACGAUCAGUACAAAGAUUCCUGGGACACAAAUGUUGUUAUUCAGAUAGAAGUUGGGGGUAAGCUUGAAACUGUUCGCUUCUUCCAUUGCUACAAACGAGGAGUUGAUCGUGUUUUUGUGGAUCACCCAAUGUUUCUAGAGAAGGUAUGGGGAAAAACUGGUUCGAAACUCUAUGGUCCUCAGGCAGGAACAGAUUAUGAAAAUAACCAACUUCGUUUCAGUUUGUUUUGCCAGGCAGCUAUUGAAGCACCGCGGUUGUUAAGUCUCAACAGUGGUAAAUACUUCUCAGGACCCUAUGGUGAGGAUGUUGUCUUCAUCGCAAAUGAUUGGCACACUGCUCUUCUUCCCUGCUACCUAAAAGCCUUUUACAAAUCAAAGGGGAUGUAUAGAAAUGCCAAGGUGGUUUUCUGCAUCCACAAUAUUGCAUACCAAGGACGAUUUGCCUUUUCGGAUUUUGCACUUCUUAAUCUUCCAGAACGGUUUAAGAACUCAUUCGAUUUUUUUGAUGGAUAUGAAAAACCUGUGAAAGGAAGGAAGAUUAAUUGGAUGAAAGCCGGAAUAUUAGAAUCAGACAGGAUUGUAACAGUUAGUCCACAUUAUGCAGAGGAACUAGUUUCUGGUAUAGAGAAAGGUGUUGAAUUAGAUAACAUCCUUCGUAUGACCGGUAUUUCUGGAAUUGUGAACGGUAUGGAUGUUCAGGAGUGGAAUCCAUCCACUGACAAAUAUAUCAAUGUUAAAUAUGAUUCUGCGACUGUGAUGGAAGCGAAGCCUCUUUUAAAGGAAGCACUACAAGCAGAAGUUGGGUUGCCUAUUGAUAGAAAUAUCCCUGUGAUAGGCUUCAUUGGUAGACUCGAAGAGCAAAAAGGUUCAGACAUUCUCGCAGCAGCAAUUCCAUUCUUAAUUCAAGAGAAUGUCCAAAUAAUUAUUCUUGGCACUGGAAAAAAGCACAUGGAAAAACAGAUAUUGCAGCUUGACGUACUCUAUCCUAAUAAAGCUAGAGGAGUAGCAAAAUUCAAUGUUCCCCUAGCACAUCUGAUUACAGCUGGAGCUGAUUUUAUAUUAGUCCCAAGUAGAUUUGAACCAUGUGGCCUCAUCCAAUUGCACGCCAUGCGAUACGGAACGGUUCCUAUCGUCGCCUCGACCGGUGGCCUUGUCGAUACUGUGAAAGAAGGUUAUACAGGUUUCCAAAUGGGUGCCUUCAAUGUACAGUGUGAUAAAGUUGAUCCUGAAAAUGCAACCGCAGUAGCAACAACAGUGAAAAGGGCACUUCAAGUCUGCGGUACCCGUGCUUUGGCAGAAAUGAUAGAGAAUUGUAUGGCUCAAGAUCUCUCAUGGAAGGGACCUGCAAAGAAGUGGGAGAAGUUGCUGCUGAGCUUGGAGGUUGCUGGAAGUGAACCUGGAAUUGAUGGAGAGGAAAUUGCUCCUUUAGCCAAGGAAAAUGUUGCUACUCCGUAAAAGGCUGAAUAUGGUCUAUUUGUUAAGUGUGAGACUAGUUAAAUACGACAUCUAAGCUAUGUUCAUCUAGCUAUAUACGACAUCUAAGCUCCGUUCAACUAGCAGGCAGAUCAAAAUAGGCGUGCUGCAUAAAUAGUGGACUAGAAGUUGAAAUUGCUGCAGCAAAGAAAGUGGCAAUCUACCAGGCGUUUCUCAGCCAUGUUAAUUCACUCCAGGAUUGGAAAUAGAAUGCAAUUCUUAUAAGUUGAAAUCUAUUUUUUGAUUUGAUUCACAAAAAAUCCAAAUUUGUUUAGAUACUGUUAUCUUAAAAUAAAUUUUUACUUGCAUACAAAGCAUAAACAUUA